CGGAAUGCAGUAAAAUGGGCAGCCAAUGGCUGCGUGUCUGCCCGGUAUAUAAGCUGAGGGCAAGGACCUUCAGAGUUGGGUGACCUCUAUAUUUUGGCUCUGGUGAACAGGAUCUGAUCCCAAGGACUGUUACUUUUUUUCUUGUCUGGUGUGCAGUGUUAAACACAAUCAUGCCUUUCGGUAACACCCACAACAACUUCAAACUCAACUUUAAAGUUGAGGAGGAGUACCCUGACCUCACAAAGCACAACAACCACAUGGCCAAGGUGCUGACCAAGGACAUGUACGCCAAGCUGAGGGACAAGCAGACCCCCUCCGGCUUCACCCUGGAUGACGUCAUCCAGACCGGUGUUGACAACCCUGGUCACCCCUUCAUCAUGACCGUUGGCUGCGUGGCUGGUGAUGAGGAGUCCUACGAGGUCUUCAAGGAUCUGUUGGACCCCAUCAUCUCAGACCGUCAUAGUGGUUACAAGCCCACAGACAAGCACAAGACCGACCUGAACUUCGAGAACCUGAAGGGAGGUGAUGACCUGGACCCAAACUACGUCCUGUCCAGCCGUGUGCGUACUGGCCGCAGCAUCAAGGGAUACACCCUGCCCCCCCACAACAGCCGUGGCGAGCGCAGAGCAGUGGAGAGACUGUCUGUCGAGGCCCUGGACACCCUGGAUGGUGAGUUCAAGGGAAAGUACUACCCCCUGAAUAAGAUGACCGAUGCCGAGCAGGAGCAGCUGAUUGCCGACCACUUCUUGUUUGAUAAGCCCGUCUCCCCCCUGCUGCUGGGCGCUGGUAUGGCCCGUGACUGGCCCGACGCAAGAGGAAUCUGGCACAACGAUGCCAAAAGCUUCUUGGUCUGGGUGAAUGAGGAGGAUCACCUGCGUGUCAUCUCCAUGGAGAAGGGUGGCAACAUGAAGGAGGUCUUCAGACGCUUCUGCGUUGGUCUGAAAAGGAUUGAGGAGACUUUCAAAAAGCACAACCAUGGCUUCAUGUGGAACGAGCAUCUCGGCUAUGUGCUGACCUGCCCAUCCAACCUGGGAACCGGCCUGCGUGGUGGAGUGCACGUCAAGCUGCCCAAGCUGAGCACACACGCCAAGUUCGAGGAGAUCCUGGGCAGGCUGCGUCUGCAGAAGCGUGGCACAGGUGGCGUGGACACCGCCUCCGUGGGUGGAGUGUUCGACAUCUCCAACGCUGACCGUCUGGGCUCCUCUGAGGUGGAUCAGGUCCAGAUGGUGGUCGAUGGUGUCAAGCUCAUGGUGGAGAUGGAGAAGAAGCUGGAGAAGGGAGAGGCCAUCGACGGCAUGAUCCCCGCCCAGAAGUAAAGAGUUGUUGACGUCACUAUUCAUCUUUUGUUUUUCUAUUGUCAAGUCAUGUGAAAUCGAGCCAACCAACUACCGCGCAGAGGAAACUGAUGGUCGCUCUAGAGACUCUUGACUGCUGCUCACAUCUUUUUCUUCGGCCUUUUUCUUUUUCUCCUUUUUCUUCCUUUUCUUCCUUCAGACGUUUUUUUUCCACUUCUCUCCUGUUCAGUCAGUAACAUCCGGGGAUCAGUCUCCACUACAGUCGGCUUGCCUGACAGAUGUGGCGUCACCUUAAUUUGAACUUUGGUUCUAAAAAGUUACCAUUUCAAUUGUGAUUCAAUAAACCUGGCCCCAUGAACCAAAACGGA